AGAGGGGAGGGAGCUCUGAGUCAUACUCAGGCCAGAGUGUCAUUGUAAGAACAGCAGUGAAGGAAAGAAGAACAAGGGGGAGCAAGAAUGGCAGAAAAUAUCAUUUAUGCUGACUUGAACCUGCCUGAAUCAGCCAGACCCAGAGUACAGCAGGUCAUUGAUGUUCAAGGUUCUACAUACGCGGAAGUGAAACUGAAUUCCCGAGACACAAAUGCUGCAACAGGACAGACGUCAGCUGGUAGAAGCUGUUCCAGAAAACAUGUUGCUGCACUGGUUGCUCUAUUGGUUGUGAUAAUCCUCCUACUGGUCCUGGCAGGGUGUCUGGUACACCAGUACCAUUCAACUGCAAGCAGCCCAACAACAUUGCCCCAAGUCCCUGAAGAGGCACUAGCCUGCCCGGAACAAUGGGAAAAACAUGGGAGAAAAUGUUACUUCUUUCCUCCAAAUACUGUUCCUCCAAAGGACUGGAAUGCCUCCCGUGAACAAUGUACUGCCAUGGGUUCAGACCUGGUGAUCAUUGACAACAAGGAAGAACUGCAUUACCUCGCCGAACGAUCAAGAGGCAAUUACUACUUACUUGGUCUCACAUACUCUGAGGGGGAGCAGAAGUGGAAGUGGAUUAACAACGUGGAACAUGACCCAGCCCUGUUUCAUGUAAGUAAACCUCAUGAUAACUAUCUCUGCACAGUCAUUCGACUUACGGAAGUACACACUGCAUCUUGCGAGGGAGCCGACUCAACACAAAAUAUGUGUGAAAAAGCUGCAACUCUUUCAAAAAAGCUGCAACAAAAGCCAGAGAGAGAGCUAAAAAGAAGAGCUUCAGGCAGGAAUGUUAUCCCUAGCUUCCUGUAGGAAAUGUGGAUGGGAUUUUUGUCAUUCAUUUUUAGCUGCCCAAAUAUGCAGUCAAAGGUGCUCCAGCAGGCUCCCUCCAGACCUCUUGUCAACCUCAGCCCACCCUUUCACAAGAUGGGAGUCUGAGACUGGGUGGAUCCCCCUCCAGAGGAACCUGCAUUUGCCCACAGUGGGAGUCUGGGACUUGCUCCUCCCAGAGCUCUGACUUUCAGGCAGCCCCAGUCAGGGGAGAUGAGUCCAGCCUGGGGGACAGCUGUGAUCCCCAACAGAUCCUGUCUCUCACAAACACAUCCAUCUCUGCCCAUGUGUUCCCAGUCCUGCCUGUCCACAAGAAGACACUUCCCAG